UCCACUCCAAAGUGAGCAUGUUUUGCCUUUAAUCUAAUCGCCAUUUUCGUCUGAGAAGAAGGCACGCGCAAACGCGAAAUCGCGACAAGAUGUGGUUGGGAAUCCUCCAGGACAGGUUCAUGGACCACGUCCCAGGGACGACUAGGUACUUUGACGACCCAGAGAGGCCACGAUAUGCCACCGACGGAGCCGAGGGCCUCAAGUGCGACACCAGCGGGCCGGUGCCCAUUAUCCUCGUCCCGCAACCAUCCGACGACCCAAACGAUCCGUUGAACUGGCCACUAUGGAAGCGCGAUCUCAUCACCUUCAUCCUCUCCAUGGUCGCCAUCUUGGCGACAUGUCUCGGCCCCAUCCUCGCCGCCAACACCCUCACUCUGACCCUCCACUUCCGCCGGCCCUUUUCCAGCAUCGCCGACCUGACGGGCUGGUACCUGCUCGGUGUGGGCAUCGCAGCCUUCAUCUUUGUUCCCUCUGGCCGCAUUUGGGGCAAGCGCCAUCUCUUCGUCGGGGGGACGCUGCUGCUGGUUGUGACUGCGGCAUGGGGUGGAGGAUCGCAGGGCAGAGAGAACUACCAGAGCAUGGUGGCGGCGAGAGUCUUUCAGGGCAUCGCUACCGCUCCGUUUGAGUCGCUUGUCAACGCCGCCGUGGGAGACUUGUACUGCGUGCAUCAACGUGGUAUCCGCAUGGCCUUUACAAACCUCGCAGUUUUUGGCGGCGCCUUUUUUACUCCUAUCGUGGUCGGCAAGAUCACUGCCUCCAUUGGAUGGUGGUGGACCUUCUAUUUCGUUGCCAUCUUUUGCGCCUUGUGUUUCCCGGUCGUCUACUUCUUCUGCCCUGAGACGGCAUACCGCCGAGACUCGGCCCUGAAUACCGAUAUGAUGACCACGGAUAACCGGGAACUGGUGGUGGUGCACUCUGCUUUCGCGAGCGAGGAUGCGGAAAAGGCUUUCUCCAGCAAUGGCGAGGCUUCGGCACCAGGGACGAGUGGAGAGGCCAACAGGCCAAACGAGUUCAACGGGACUGCGAAUGCGCCAAACUCGAGCAGGCCAGCGGACAUACCAAAAGUGUCAUUCAGACAAUCGCUAGCUCUUUUCAACGGAAGGAAGACCGAUGAGAGCUUCUGGAAGCUUCUCCUGCGGCCUCUGCCGCUCUUUUUGCAGCCCGCCUUCAUGUGGGCCUGCCUGAUCCAGGGUCUGAUGAUCGGCUGGACCGUCUUUAUCGGUGUCAUCCUAGCCCAGUUCUUCAUCGCCGCGCCGCUGUGGUGGGGCGAGGUCAGGACGGGAUAUGCCUACACGGCCGCAUUCAUCGGUGCUAUCCUCGGCUUCGUUAUCGCCGGCGUGCUGUCCGACUGGAGCGCGCGCUACAUGACCAAGUGGAACAACGGAGUCUACGAACCCGAAUUCCGCAUCGUGCUCGUCAUUCCCCAGAUGAUCCUGGGCUGCAUGGGCCUCUACGGCUUUGGUGUCACCGUCGACGGGCUGCUCAAUUACACAUACCACUACGCCGUCCCGCUGGCCUUUUUCGCUCUCCAAGUGGCCGGUAUGGUUAUCGGCGCUGUCUCGAGCUCCCUGUACAUCGUUGAUGCUUACCGCGACCUGGCUAUCGAGGGUUUCACAUGCAUGAUCAUCUUCAAAAACAUCUUCAGCUUUGCCCUUACUCUGAAGGCUUUCGACUGGCUCGUCACGACUGCCAGCCUUGCUACCCCGAUCUUCAAAAUCCUCACCUGGAUUCAGCUCGGCGUCUGUAUGCUCAGCGUUCCCAUGUACGUCUUUGGAAAGCGGAUCCGCAGCUACUACCACCGCCACGACCUGCUGGAGACCUUCAAGGUGCGGUAGCGCGGUGGUUUGGCCAUCUGUAUUGUGUUUUAUUUGGACUGCUUCCGUUAGCAUUGGAGUUGGAAGAGUUGGUUGGAAAUGGGCUGCUACUGUGCGAUGAUAUC